GUCCCCGCAGGGCUGCCUGGGCCGGGGGCUGGGUGUGCGGUGCCUGCGGCUGUUCCAGAAGGAAGAGGAGGUUGAGGGCCCGGGUCCCCCGCAGCCCCGCGCCCUGCUGUGUGGGGUGAAGUGACUCUGGAGGAAGCGUUUGAUGACAGACCCCUGGACUUCUCGGAGGGCGCGUUAUGAACCCUUUCUGGAGCAUGUCUGCAGGCUCCGCGCGCAAGCGAUCUGAGGGCGACGAGAAGGCGCUGACGGGGGACGUGAAGACCAGCCCUCCGCGCGCCGCCCCGAGGAAGCAGCUGCCUUCUGUCCCCAAGAACGCUCUGCCCGUGACGAAGCCCGCGUCCCCUGCCCCGGCAGCGCCGCCGACCAAUGGCACGCACGCGUCCUACGGCCCCUUCUACCUGGAGUACUCGCUUCUGGCCGAAUUCACUCUGGUGGUGAAGCAGAAGCUCCCGGGCGUCUACGUGCAGCCGUCGUAUCGGUCGGCGUUAAUGUGGUUCGGCGUGAUCUUCAUCCGCCACGGGCUCUAUCAGGACGGCGUGUUCAAGUUCACGGUCUACAUCCCUGACAACUACCCUGACGGCGACUGUCCGCGCCUGGUGUUUGAUAUCCCUGUUUUCCACCCGCUCGUGGACCCCGCCUCGGGUGAGCUGGACGUGAAGAGAGCCUUUGCAAAAUGGAGGCGGAACCAUAACCACAUCUGGCAAGUGCUGAUGUACGCGCGGAGAGUUUUCUACAAGAUCGAUACGGUGAACCCCCUAAACCCAGAAGCUGCAGUACUGUAUGAAAAUGACGUUCAGCAUUUUAAAAAUAAAGUGGUGGACAGUGUGAAGGUAUGCACUGCGCGUUUGUUUGACCAGCCUAAAAUUGAAGACCCCUACGCCAUCAGCUUCUCUCCGUGGAACCCUUCUGUGCAUGACGAAGCCAGAGAGAAGAUGCUGACUCCCAAAAAGUCUGAAGAGCAGCACAAUAAAAGCGUUCACGUUGCUGGCCUGUCGUGGGUAAAGCCCGGCUCGGUGCAGCCUUUCAGUAAAGAAGAGAAAACAGGAGCCACUUAGGAGCUGGUGACCCGUGCACCACGCACUUUCCUGCUGGACUCUGGCCUAGCACAGCUGACCGGCGGCAGAGGCCCGCCUGUCCGGGGAGUAAACGGCUGAACAAUGACUGCUGUCGUGUUGUCCGUAGAUGCUUAGGUUCUAACAGCAACUUUGGAAACCUCUUUAGCGCGCCACUCUGCGCGCGUCUCCAGGGUGGUUCUCUAGCUCGGUACUCCAAGUCUCUGGGGUCCUUGAGGCUUAAGUAUUUUCCUGAAUAUAAUGCUAAAGGUAAGUUGCAUUCCUUUAAACUAAUGAGCGUAGCGUCCGGCACUAGCGAAUGACUUUUGAACCGGCGGUUUCGGUUGGACAUGAGUUAGGAUGUGGAGGGAGGAGAUCAGGUUCCAUAGCGAUUAGCACUUUGAACCUCAGUCUUCAGCCUCUGUCUUACUGAUUUACAAACUGCUGUCACUGAGGUACAUGUUAGGUGGGUGAGAGGAAACCAGAAAACUGUUCAUAGUUUUGUUUUUUUUUUUUAAAGCAAAUUACUUACUGUAUUUUUUUGGCAGGAGGGAGAGAACGCGUUAAAACGGUUUCUAAUGAAGUCAAAUAUUUAAAAUGAUGAAUGAUUAAUGUGUUUUGUAGAGACAAAAUAAACCAAUAAAUGAUUGUUCUUUGUCAUUUAUGCAGGAAAGUAAGUAUCCUUUUCUCAGUGUAACUAAGCAAAGAUUAAUUUAUAAAUGCUUUAUUGAAAAAUACACUUAUUUUCAUAUAAAAUUACAGUAGCAGUAAGUAUCUUGAGAGUUUGUAUAAAUAUUUUUGCAGAACACUAUUCUAAUUGAACAGUGUAACUUCCAUGUUUCUUUUAGAGCAAUAUGAAGUUACCUAGUAACUCUGUUUAUACUGAUUCAAUUUACAAUUGAAUUUUCUCCCUAAUAAGAUUAUUCAUUCAACUUUAAAACUGCUAGAACAAUAGUGAUUAAUAAAUGUGUAUAUAUAGAUAAUUCAAUGGCUGUUAAAUAACGUUUUCUAAUUUGUAGAAAUGGUACUAUGUACUAAUAAAAACCUAAAUUCACCAACCUAUUUUAAACUGCUAGAACACACUCAAGAUAUUUUUAAAUGUUUUAAAUAUAUCCUCUUAAUAGACACCUGUCUUUUGGACAGCUACCUCCUAAAAGAAGAGGUCAUCAUUUUUCAUAUUAAUCUCCUAAUUCAACUUGAUUUAAAAUCACUACCUGGCCAUCUGACCCUGCACAACAGCAGAGCUUCGGAGAAUCUAAAACACAUGCCCAAAAGGUGGCCCCUGGGGCAGUAACAGUUUGUAAAAAGUACAAAAGCACUAAGGAAGAUACUGUCGAGCUUAGAAGUUACGUUUACAUUAGAAGUUUUAUACUACCAAGGUUCACAUUGUAGAAAGUGCCAUUGCGAUAUACAGCAAAAUCUGGGUUACAAAACCAUGCUUCUUCCAGCCCUAAAGUGCCACUUCCUGACCACACUCACAAGCACAGGGCCCACGGGCCGUGCCCAGUAGGAGGGGCGGGGAGGAG